GCACGGAGUCCGCUGGUUUCUUAAGAUUUCACGUGAGAAUACGAGAAAUUUAAUCCCGUGCGCUGUAAUCUUCCUUAGCCAGUAUUAUUUUAAACUGACAGUCGGUUUGCAUUGUCUUUUUUUGCGGAGGAAUGUGGAAAUCAAAGCACUGACAAGCGAAUUUACGAUGAUAGACCAGUGUUCUUCGUUUUGUUUCUCUCUUUUUCACUUCAUCCAAAUACCGUGAAUGCAGGGCACACAGCGGACGGCUUGUCCGCAGUCAGAAAGUGCUCGUAUGUCUGGGGACCGGAUUUAAGAGGAUGUAAGGAUCAAGUAGCUUUUUUCAACCCAAGUCUCCUUAUCAAAAUGCAGAAGGGAAUACGACUUAAUGAUGGUCAUGUUACCUACUUGGGUCUUUUGGCAAAGAAGGAUGGUACGAGGCGAGGUUGCUUGAGCAAAAAGAGCUCAGACAACACAAAAUGGCACACAAAGUGGUUCGCUUUAUUACAAAAUAUGUUGUUUUACUUUGAAAGCGAGUCCAGCUCUCGACCCGCAGGAUUGUACCUGUUGGAGGGCUGUCUGUGUGACAGGGCGCCGUCACCUAAACCCUCACAAUCAUCAAAGGAGUGUUUAGAAAAGCAGUACUACUUCACCGUAAAUUUCACCCAUGAAAAUCAGAAAGCCCUGGAGUUGCGUACGGAGGAUGUAAAGGAAUGCGAUGAAUGGGUGGCUGCAAUAACACAUGCCAGUUACAGAAACCUGGCCACGGAGCAUGAGACGCUCAUGCAAAAGUAUCUCCAUCUACUCCAGAUUGUGGAGACAGAGAAAAUGGUUGCUAAGCAACUUCGACAACAGAUAGAGGAUGGGGAAAUAGAGAUUGAACGGCUAAAAUCUGAGAUUUCCGGGCUGCACAAAGACAAUGAGAAGAUUCAGUCAAGCCCAGCUACUGAGCCCAACGAAAACGAUGACACUGAACUAAAGAAAAUCAAAAAAGUGCAGAGUUUUCUGCGGGGCUGGAUGUGCAGGAGGAAGUGGAAGACCAUCAUCCAGGACUACAUCCGGUCGCCCCACGCCGAGAGCAUGAGGAAGAGGAACCAGGUUGUGUUCAGUAUGCUGGAUUCUGAGGCUGAGUAUGUCCAGCAGCUCCACAUCUUGGUGAACAACUUCCUUCGACCGCUCCGUAUGGCUGCCAGCUCAAAGAAACCGCCCAUCACCCAUGAUGAUGUCAGCAGCAUCUUCCUCAACAGUGAGACCAUCAUGUUUCUGCAUCAAAUAUUCUACCAAGGCUUGAAAGCAAGGAUAGCAAGCUGGCCCACAUUAGUUUUGGCUGACCUGUUUGACAUUCUCCUGCCCAUGCUAAACAUCUACCAGGAGUUUGUAAGGAACCACCAGUACAGUCUGCAGAUCCUGGCCCACUGUAAGCAGAACCGAGACUUUGACAAGCUUUUGAAGCAGUAUGAAGCCAAGCCUGACUGUGAGGAGAGGACUCUGGAGACCUUUCUCACUUACCCCAUGUUCCAGAUUCCCCGAUACAUUCUCACUCUCCAUGAGCUCCUGGCCCACACACCACAUGAGCAUGUGGAGAGGACUAGUUUGGACUACGCCAAGUCGAAGCUAGAGGAGCUGUCCAGAAUAAUGCAUGACGAGGUGAGCGAGACAGAGAACAUCAGGAAGAACCUGGCUAUUGAGCGCAUGAUCGUAGAGGGCUGUGAGAUCCUGCUUGACACCAGCCAGACAUUCGUCAGACAAGGCUCUCUCAUUCAGGUGCCAAUGAGUGAGAAGGGCAAGAUCACCCGUGGGCGACUGGGCUCUCUGUCUCUGAAGAAGGAGGGCGAGAGACAGUGCUUCCUCUUCUCCAAGCAUGUCAUCAUCUGCACGAGGGGCUCUGGAGGGAAGCUGCAUCUCACCAAGAAUGGCGUGCUCUCUCUUAUUGACUGCACUCUUCUGGAAGACCCAGAGGGGACAGAUGAUGAGUCCAAACCAGAUAAGGGUGUACAGGACAUGGAGCACCUGGACUUUAAGAUUGUGGUAGAGCCUAAGGAAGGCCAGUCGUUCACAGUUAUCCUGGUGGCCUCUUCACGGCAAGAGAAAUCUGCCUGGACCAGUGACAUCAGCCAGUGCAUAGACAACAUCCGCUGCAAUGGGCUCAUGAUGAACGCAUUCGAGGAGAACUCCAAAGUCACCGUGCCACAGAUGAUCAAGUCAGACGCCAGCCUGUACUGCGACGACGUGGACAUCCGCUUCAGUAAGAUGAUGAACUCGUGUAAGGUGCUGCAGAUCCGCUACGCCAGUGUGGAGAGACUACUGGAGAGGCUGACCGACCUGCGGUUCCUCUCCAUCGACUUCCUCAACACCUUCUUGCACUCCUACCGUGUGUUCACACGGGCCGACGUGGUGCUAGACAAACUCAUCACCAUCUACAAGAAGCCCAUCAGUGCCAUCCCAGCCCGGUCUCUGGAGUUGUUUUUCGCCAGCAGUCAGAACAAUAAGCUACUAUACGGUGAGCCUCCCAAGUCUCCCCGAGCAAGCCGUAAGUUCUCCUCGCCCCCUCCCCUGGCCAUCGCAAAGACGUCGUCCCCCAAUCGCCGGCGUAAACUCUCCCUCAACAUCCCCAUCAUCACUGGGGGCAAGGCUCUGGACUUGGCCGCCCUCAGCUGCUCCUCCAACGGCUAUGCAAGCAUGUACUCGUCCAUGUCCCCCUUCAGCAAGACCACCCUGGACAUCAAUAAACUCUAUGUCACCAGCCCCAUCACCAGCAAGAUCCCUGAUGAGGAAGAGGGCAAGGCCGAGAAGGUAGAAGAGACAGUAAUGUCCAAACAAGAUAUUUCGGUUCCAGAAGAACGUAACAUUGACCCAAACCAGAGCGAUGACCCAGACCCAGAAACAUCUCCUGUCAAAUCGCCAACCACCCCAAAAAGCGUGAAGGGCAAAAACUCUUCAGAGUUCUCUCUGUUCUCCUACAACAAUGGUACAGUGAUGUCGUCAUGCCGCCCUGAGAUGGACAACAACAACCGCAGUGCCCUCUCUGCAGCCUCCGCCUUUGCCAUCGCCACAGCUGGAGCCAAUGAGGGCACGCCCACCAAGGAGAAGUACCGCCGCAUGUCCCUGGUCAGCACAGGGUUUCCAACCGAUCAGAGGAAUGGGGACAAAGAGUUUGUCAUCCGAAGGGCUGCAACCAACAGAGUGCUAAAUGUUCUGAGGCACUGGGUGUCUAAACACUCUCAGGACUUUGAGAGUAACACUGAGCUGAAGCUGAAGGUGAUAGCCUUUCUGGAGGAGGUCAUGCACGACCCAGAACUGCUGACCCAGGAGAGGAAAGCAGCAGCCAAUAUCAUCAGGACCCUGACACAAGAGGACCCUGGUGACAAUCAGAUCAGCCUGGAGGAGGUGACACAGCUGGCGUCUGUAGGGAAGGCAGAACCGUUUGAGAGCCAUUCUGCCCUGGAGAUAGCAGAGCAGCUGACCCUGCUGGACCACCUGGUGUUUAAGGUCAUCCCAUAUGAAGAGUUCUUCGGUCAAGGUUGGAUGAAGAAUGACAAGAAUGAAAGGACACCAUACAUCAUGAAAACAACAAAGCACUUUAAUGAUAUCAGUAACCUGAUUGCCACAGAAAUCCUGCGCUGUGAGGACGUGACCACGCGUGUGGCAGUGAUAGAAAAGUGGGUGGCGGUGGCGGACAUCUGCCGUUGUCUCCAUAACUACAACGCUGUUCUGGAGAUCACCUCCUCCCUCAACCGCAGCUCUGUGUUCCGCCUCAAGAAAACCUGGCUCAAAGUGUCCAAGCAGACUAAAACAGUAAUUGACAAACUUCAGAAGUUGGUUUCAUCCGAAGGGAGGUUCAAAAACCUUAGGGAGGCUUUAAAGAACUGUGACCCUCCCUGUGUGCCAUACCUGGGGAUGUACCUCACAGAUUUAGCUUUCAUUGAGGAGGGGACACCAAAUUACACUGAGGACAAAUUAGUCAACUUUUCAAAGAUGAGGAUGAUAUCCCAUAUCAUCAGGGAAAUUAGACAAUUCCAGCAAACAGCAUACAAGAUUGAUCAUCAGCCAAAGGCAGCACAGUAUUUGCUGGACAACAGCUCUGUCCUGGAUGAAGAAAGCCUGUAUGAAGCAUCUCUCAGAAUUGAGCCUAAAGUCAACAACUGAAGUGGAUGGACGAAGGUUUCCCAAAGUGUAUUCUGUUAAAAAUGAUAUCAUACAUUGUAGUCAAUAACUUGUGUUAAGUCACGUUUAACAUUUUUGUGUAUUGAUUUGAGAAGUAUCUUAUGAACACAAACAUGUUUACUUAAUCAUCACAUUGUUGUCAAACUUUUUCUCCUUUGCAACAAGGACCAUUUCACUGGGUUUGUGAAAGUGAUAGCUAAAGUCACAAUGAUCAUGUGUAAGGGUGUGUCCUUUGUAAGCAAUUACAUUUACUGGCAUAUUUUCAUACUGUGGACUUUGCACUUCCUGUAAGCACACCUGCUGCCAGGGUUAUACUGUAUAUAGAAAAGAUUGUUCUCUUUACUCAAUUGUUCUCUGAUCAUGUGUUGAUCCACAGCUGAUGUAGCAUUGUAAAAAUCAAACCAGGUAAAAUAACAUGGAUAUUUUUUAACCCAAAAAUGGAUGUGGCUAAACCAAUGAGUGUUCCUUCAAAUGUUUUAUACCAACCCCACCUCAGCCCGGCUUUGUUUGUUUUAUUCUACUUUUUGUAUAUCUUUCAACAUUUGACUCAUCUUAUCACAGAGAGACACCAGUGCCGCUUUUUCAUGCAGAGUGAUUCUUCAUAGCAAAAUAUUACACAUACAUGAUACAGGAAACCCCUGCUCCUCUAGAAGAUACAGACAUGUAGUGCAAUAGUCUGUCUGCUCUAUUAUCAAGGAUCACUGGCUGAUUCAGUAUAAGGGCAUGUUCACACCACAAGCUGUGUGUUCAUACUGUGCAUCCUAACAUAGGACAGGAUAAACAUGUGUAGCUUUAUUGUAUUUCAUUACUGUUACAUGUUGCAUUGUAACAGGUAGUUAAAUCACAAUCCUCUUGCUAUAUAUUUGCAAAAGUAACUUACGUAGCCUAAAUUCCACUUGAAGAAUAAGCUCUAAUAAUACAUAAUGCAAUUCAAAGGGCCAGUAAUAAGCCAGUGUUUGUUAUAUCCCCAAUACAAGUGUACUUCCAGUUUGACAAUAAUUAUUUUGGGGUUACAUCUUGUUUGACUAUACGUUUGGGAAGAAAAUGUUGAGACCAUUUUGCUGCUAUUUUUGAAGCAUGCUAUUGUCGAAUGACUUAUCUGUAGUGUAAUAUGUAUUUCCCUUUUACAAAUCACGUUCUUUCAAUUCAAACUAAUUGGAACACACAUAUUAAUCAAAACAAACAAACAUCCUUGAAAAAACCCCUAGAAAUUGUAAUAUUUCCAGGCUUUGUGAAAUUUCUGUACAGAACAAGUCCGUUCCGCUAUUAUACUGUAUAUAAUUAAAAGACAAUCUAUGUCCUUUUGCUGUUCCCGUGAUUGUGGAACGUGACCGUAUAUCACUCUGUUAAAUGCAUUGUUGUUUAAGAGUAUGACACAAA